AUGCCGCUAGGAUCGGUCACUGAAGCGUUACUAAUAACCAGUAUACACAAAUAUAUCGUAUAUUUAUGUUGUUAUCUUAUUUAAAUGUAUUGGCGGGUAGGUAAUAUAAACUUACUGUCAGAAUGACUGGGAAAUCAGCAGGACGGAAAGAAAAUAAACAGAUUUUUCAACAGGUAUCUCCUGUUACUUCGAAAUGUUUAGCUAUGGUUGUGUCGCUUGUUGUUGAGGAUAAAGCUGUAAAUGGCAAAGAAAUAUUCGACGAUUUUCAACUUCGGAAUAGCACUUGUUAUUGGAAUUCUGCAUUAUCAGACAGCAUUAAAAAUCUUCAAUAUUUAGGAUUUUUAGAACCAAAUACGAUAUUACUUGGUGGAACUGAUGUAUGUUUAGAAAAUCUGAGAAUGGCAUGGGGUAGGAGAGUUCUAAAUGAUCCUCACAACUGCAGGAUUGAAAAAAUUGGAGAUAUUGGUAAUAUAACCAUGCAGGAGGUACCACAGAAUCAUUUUAUUCCCCUCCCAGAAAUACUCUGUCUCAUUAUCCUUGACCUCAACAACAAACAGAUCCUAGCAACAGUUGAUAUUAUACAGGCACAGCUUAAAAAAUGUUACCAAGGAACACAGUUACCAAGCAACCAGCUUGUUUAUGAAACUCUGCACAACCUGAUUCAAGAAAGAAAACUUUUUCAUACUGGUAGUGGAUACUUUGUGGUUACGCCUGAUACCCUCCGACUCCCAGUCGACCUACCUUCGCCAAGUUUGCCACCUCAACACAAUCCUAUGUAUCUACCAUUUUCUAGAAGUCAAACAAUGUGUGAGCGAAAAAUGUCACCUUUCGCAGUUCCCAUGACAACAGUUGCUAUGACACAGACUUUACCACCGGUUAGGUCUAUAUCUUGCCAAGUAAGCAUAGCCAAUCAAAAAAGAACCAGCACACCAGAAUUAAAGAUAGAAGAGACAGAAAAGUCAAGAUUACAUCGUAGCCAUAGUGCUAGAAGACACAAGGAUAAGAAUCAUAAUGAUGCAGAAUCCUUGAAAAAGAAUGUUUCUGUAAGAGCCCAAGAUGACUGUCUAACUAAUAAAGAUGUCAAUGUUAUGAAGAGUAAUCUAAACAAAGUCAAGGAAAAGGGUGAAAAGAAAUCAUUAUUAUCCAAGUUGUUUGGAAAGAAAAAAAAGACAGAUGAGGUUAAACACAAGAAAACAGAAGAGGUUAAACACAAGUGUAAAGAACCAGAAACUAAAGAUACCAAAAAGUAUGCCACAUUUUCUGGUCAGUUUCCUCCCCCUGAAUGGAUGUGGUACCAAGAUCAAUGUAAAAAACAUGAAAGGACAAAUAAGUGGGUGACACAGCAAACAGGAAUGGUUCAGAUGUCUCAUGGGCCGAUAUCUCAUAAUAAAAUACAUCGACCAACAUUUGAGAUGAAAAACCUUCAUCAGUGUAACAGUAUAUCUCCUGUUACUCUCCUUACAGCAGUGUCCAGUAGUAAGCAUCAUAAAUCUCAUAAACAAACUCAUAAAGUAUCUCCAUCUGAGAAAGCACAUACUUACCAUGAAAUUGAAUCAUUUACAGGUAAAAUGUGCAAUAAAGCCAAAAAAAUGCAGCGGCCACAUUGUGUUCAAGAAAUGUCACCAGAAGCAAGAUUUCUUCCUAUUCAGGAGUCUCGAGAGAAAAAUCCUGAUAUCAGGGUCCGAAGAUCAAAAUCUCAUAAUCGUAAGUCUAACAGACAUUCAGUUGAUGUUGGAUUACUACGAAGACAACAUGCUCACCGAGAGCUUCAACAAGACAUUCAAAACGAGCAAUCAAGAGUUAUGGGCGAGCAAUCAAGAGUUAUGGGGGAGCAAUCAAGAGUUAUGGGUGAGCAAUCAAGAGUAAUGGGAAUGUCUCCCAUGUAUAGCUCUACACCGCGAGAUGUUGACAAGCGUUUUAUACAACCAAGUGGAGAAUAUGUAGAUAUGUGUUCUAGUCCUGUUCUACGUGAAGUUAAUAGAACAGACCAUAGAUCUCAUAGAAGGAGAUCUAAACAUUACAAGAGAAUUGAGAAUGAUAUUAACUAUGAGCAUCAUGGGGCAUUACCCCGUAAACACAGCAAUAUAGCCAUGUCUCGAGAUAGUGGCGUCAACUGUGUUGGUUUGUCAAAUCCGUCAGAAAAUAACAAUGUAUUUUGCUAUAAUCAGUUGAUGGACUAUGAAAAUGUUAAAUCAAACAACUUACACAAAAGUUGGGAGAUGCAAGUAAAUACUCAACACAACCAUGAAUUAAAGAAAAAUGAAAUUGUCUGUAUCGCUGAAAUCAAUGCAUGUGUUCCUGAGCAUAGUGAUUAUGUUGAAAUUAACAGUAUAGAAAUGGCAAGAAGUGUGCCAUCAGAAGUAAAUGAAGACACAAAGGAGAAUCAGCCUUUUUCAAAUAGAAGCGAUGAUAUAGGAUUAAUGGACAGUAGUGAACAGAGUUAUGACACAGUAAUUUAUAAUAAAAGAGUGCAAGAUGUAUCUAAAGAAACAGAAAAUUUGACUCUGGGUGAUAGUGGAUUUUACUCUCCUAGAGUGUCAGAAAUUGAACUUGGUAAACAUAAAAAAGUGAAAGUGCCAUUAUACAAAAACUUAAGUUAUGACCACCAUGAACUGAACAAUCUUAAAGAUUUCCAGAAAGAAAAAAUAGUGCUAAAUAAUGAAUUCUACAAGGAGCCAUCUCCUUCAUCUGAUUAUCAAAUUGUUGGUGUUGUGUAAAUUAAUGUUGUCAUUGUGAUAAGGGAGAUAAUUAGCAAUAUUUAUAAAUGUAUAUGAACAUGCACUCAAAUAUAAGCAUGAAAAAGUGAAAGAAAAAAUUUAUUUGAAAUUC